CCAAUCAACAUUCAUCAUAAAUAAAUAAACCGUGACCUCUCAUUUUCUUCUCUCACACUCGCCUCGCUGUUGCUUUGGCUUCUUCGUUAUUCACUUUCUCUAUAAAUACACGCUGUGUUACUGUUAGCUCCAUAUCUCGCUAGAUCUGAAAUCACUCUCUCAUGGACCGUCGUAAAGAGAAAAAUGCUCCUUGGUUAUCAGUGCCGCAGUUUGGAGACUGGGAUCAGAAGGGCGAAGUACCGGACUACUCGCUGGAUUUCUCAAAAAUCCGGGAAACUAGGAAGCAGAACAAGACAAAUAUUUCCAGGGCAAGUCUUGGUAACGAAGAAGAGUUCAUGGAUUCAAGCACUAGCAGCGUAAACACUGGCCACAGUGAGCCCCCCUACCAGCAAACCCAUUCUCCAACUACAAGGAAGAGCUUCCUCAGCUAUUUCAACUGCUGUGUGAAGGCUUAAUAUUUAUGGGCACGUACAACCUUUCUAUUAUUUUCUGAAGUUCUGGAUAGGGACAGUUAUGCUUCUUCUCAUUUGGUGAUACUUACUUGGCCUUUGUCCUUGAUUUAAAAAAUGAAUAUUUCCUUUUCA